AUGUCCUCGCCCAAUAGCCCACGGAGAUCGACCGAGAGCUUCGAGUUCCUGUCGCCGAACCCGCCCCAGGGCUCCUUCCCGUUUCCUGCUUCAAGCCAUGACUGGACCAACAGGCCCAGCUCCACAGGCGGGCGCUACAAGCCGCGACGUGGCUCAACGGCGUCCUCGAUACACUCGGUCGGUGGCUCGCUCGACAGUGGCUUCAAGAGCACCAUGGGCGCGGUGAGAGAGCAGAGCAACAACGCCAUCUCCACGCUGCUCACGCCGCCCAUCAUGAGGACUGGCAUGGUCCCGCAUACCACUGCUACAGCCACUUCGGGCCACCGCCCGCCAUCUACCAAAGACAUACCGCCUGUGACGCUCACAAACGUACCCCACGUCGAACCUUCUGCAUUCAAUCCUUACUUAUCGCAAGUCGGCAGUCUGUACGACGCUUUCCAGCGCGCAAAAGCCGAGGCCGAAGCCGAGGCCGCCCAGCCAGCAAGGAGAGGGUCAAAGAAGGAUGAUACUGAAUCGCCAGCAGGGACACCCAACUUGGCAGGAACACCCUUUACUCCCAACGGGCCGCCGAAACCGAAGCGUCGAACGAGCGGAUCCAAACGCACCCUACCAGCUAUUACCCCCCUUUCCACCAUACCGAACAUCUACUUCGAUGACAACUUUCACCUCGAAAAUCCGCGCACCUUUGACGUAGUAAGCGAGCGGUCCGAGGUGGUUCGGCCAGUCCGAACAGCAACCAGCGAUGACCAUGGCGCAAACGGUUCCUUGGACGUGCCACAACCUCCUGGGAGAAAAGCCCUAGCUACGAACGCCAUCCUACAAGAGAAGUUGUCGUGGUACAUGGACACGGUCGAGGUGCACUUGAUCUCGGCCAUAUCUACGGCAUCGACCUCCUUCUUCGCCGCACUCGGUUCUCUGCGCGAACUUCAGACGGAAGCAUCGGAUUCUGUCGCAAGAAUAAAAGGACUUAGGGAGGAUCUGAAGAGGCUGGACGAACAGAUGGCAAUAGGAGGCUUGAAGGUCGUUGAAAUGAAGAGGCGCAGGGAGAACUUGAGGAGGCUGACCGACUCGGUUGACCAGCUGCAAGCUGUCAUCGUUGGGUUGUCACACUGUGACGAAGCCGUUGUUGAUGGUCGUCUCGAGACCGCCAUGACCCGGAUAGAAGUCAUUGAACGACUAAUCACAGGCGCGCUGGACACGACGGAUUUUCAGGGUACAUCUUGGCUGGAUUCUCGAUUACCUCCGCAGUUGGUCGAUCUACGACACCUCAGAGCACUAGACGGCGUAUUCGAAAGCAUCACUGAGCUCAAGUUCCGUGUGGGCAGGGGCUUCGAGGUACGCUUUGUCGACACCUUACUUACGGAUCUGCGAGAGCAUGUCAAACGAGUUCCGACUCACGAUACGCUGGAACGAUGGACUGCUGCAUCGCAAAAGGCACGAGGAUCCAACCAAAAACCGAAGACGACUUUGCCGGCCUAUAUGACGACCGACAAAAAGCUACGUGCAGAGCUACGAGCCAGCUUGUAUGGCUUGAGCGGUGCGCAAUUUACGAAUCAAGCUAGUGCUACUUUCAGAGAAGCGAUGAUCAAGGAGAUGAAAGUUAUCAUCCGGAAACACCUACCGAGCUCAACAGAGGAUGAUACUGGAUCUAUGGCUUCUGUAUCCACAAGAGGUGGCCGAGGGACUAGUCAGCAAGACAAAAACUCUAUUCUUGCUCGAAAUCUACGCGCCAUGGACCCUGAAGAUGCAGAGGCCUUUUUCGCCAAUAUCUUCACUGACAUUGGAGAAGCGCUACGCCGUCUCAGUACGCUGAUCAAAGUGCUUCUCGAUGUUACCAGCGGCGUUACUACCCCUCCCGCCUCUGCUGGUGGGCUCCGAUCUCCCCCACGAAGUCCAUAUAUGCACAGCAUCGAUGAUUACAUGGGCAACGGCGUACCAGCUCCGAGUUCAAAUGACCUGCAGAUGGAGCUGAUGCAAGCCUUAGACAUGUCGAGCCUCCUGGGUCAGGCUGUUGAUGCAGCGCAGACACAGAUCACUAAGCUUCUCAAGGUCCGCUCUGAGGCCACAGCCAAUCUUCCCCUGGAACGCUUCUUACGAUACUUCCACAUAUGCAGGCUGUUUGCCGACGAGUGCGAAGCUGUCUCAGGACGCUCUGGUGUCGCUCUCAAAGGUGUUGUCAAUACUCAUAUCAAUGACUUUGUGUCCAAGUUUGGCGAUUUUGAGAAGCAAGAGCUUGUAAAGGCGAUGGACUCGGAUCGUUGGGAACCGAAGGACUUCGAUGCACAGGAUACUGAGGUCUUAGCACGCUUGUUGAAGGGCAUGGAGAGCGACCCUGCAAGCUGGGCAGAGACUGGUGACCUCCUUCGAGACAUUGAAAGGUCGACUACAAAUGGCACAUCAGCGCAAACCAACGGCACAUCAGAAGACAAGCCCAAGGAAAAGAACAGGACCACAAUUCCCGCCGUUGUCGAUGAGGAAAAGUACACAAUCUCCGAAUCAUCGACAGUCGUCCUGCGUGGCAUUGAGCGCUUCGAAAUUCUUGUUUCAGCCAUGCCAAGUAUGACUUCCGAAGUCUCCACUUCCCUUUGCGACUACAUCAAACUCUUCAACUCACGAUUAUGCCAAUUGAUCCUAGGCGCUGGCGCCAUGCAGUCUGCAGGCUUGAAGAACAUCAACACCAAACAUCUUGCCAUUGCCUCUCAGACAUUAUCAUUCGUUAUCGCUAUUCUACCCUAUAUCCGCGAAUGCUUCCGACGGCGCACCGCAUCCGCUUCCAACAAGUCUUCUAUUGGUGAAUUUGACAACGUCAAGCGCCUACUGUAUGACCAGCAAAAUCAGAUCCAUGAGAAACUGACGGGCAUCUUAUCUGGAAGAGCAAAAGUCCACAUGCGCAGUCUCAAAAAGGUGGAGUGGGAUACUGAUGCCGAGGUCAACAAAGAUGUCAGUCCUAGUAUGGAGAGCUUGACCAAGGACACGGUGACCAUGCACAAGGUUAUCAACAAGUACUUGAGCGAGAUUCAAGUCCGUAUGAUAAUGGGUCCUGUAUUUGAGAGUUACAGGGAGGAGGUUGGCAAUGUCAUCAAAGAGGCAGCAGUCAAGACGCCUGGUGGCAAAGCACGAUUGCUACGCGAGGCGAAGCUGUUCGAUGCAAAGCUUGGACCCAUUGACGGCGCCGGUAACGUUGGCUCUCAUCUUAUCGGCCUCGUGGUCAGCAAGACAGUGGUGCAGCCCAAAACCGAAUCCAAGGCGGAGCCAAAACAAGAACCCGAAGCAAAGAAGAGUGAGGAAAAGACGCAGAACGCCGAAGCAGAAGCAGAAAAGUCAAGUACAGAAGCGACUUGA